AUGGCUCCCUGCGCUUCGUGCACCCUCCUCAUGGAUAGGCUGGCUCUGCUAGAGGGCCGUAGACUCAACAACACCCGGCAGGACGACUACAUGUCCUUCAUGUUCAGCUGUGUGCGUGUUGGCUGGCUGAAGAUGUGGGCUCAGGAAGUCUCUCAGGCGGAGAUGCAGCUGAGGAUCUGUCAGUCCUCCUUUGAUCGUCACACACAUGUGACACGACAACUUGUGGGAGAGUUACACAACACACAUAACAAACACAUGCAGAGUCUGAUAGACUUUGUGGAUGCUCAGACGUGUUUCUACGCACGAUGCAAGCAACACGCCUUGGAGCUGAGGAAACACCUGGCCAGCAUCCCAGCAGUGUUGUGCUCCAGCCAGUGGCAGUCAUCAAUAACCGAUGAACUUAUCGAUACCAAUGAUCAGCAAAGGGCGUCCAUCUUGGUUCCACACCUUCCAGAUUUGGAGCGAGACUCUUGGACAUUAGAAGUUGCUGCUGAGGAGACAAGUAAGAGUCCGCCUGCAUCACCUCAGCAAAGUAGCAGCAAGAAAGAUGAGGCUGAGUGUGGAAGUGUGGGUGAGAUAGUGGAGAGUCUUCAUGGUUGUCAGGAUGUGAUGGCAGCCAAGAAGAGAAGACAGACUAACCAUGAAUAGAUCAGUGUAUAGACAUGAUGGGACCUGUCUACUUCCUGGGAGGAGGGUCACUGUACAACUGUCUACUUCCUGGGAGGAGUGUCACUGUACAAGUGUCUACUUCCUGGGAGGAGUGUCACUGUACAACUGUCUACUUCCUGGGAGGAGUGUCACUGUACAAGUGUCUACUUCCUGGGAGGAGUGUCACUGUACAAGUGUCUACUUCCUGGGAGGAGUGUCACUGUACAACUGUCUACUUCCUGGGAGGAGUCUAAUUCCUGGGAGGAGGGUCACUGUACAAGUGUCUACUUCCUGGGAGGAGUGUCACUGUACAAGUGUCUACUUCCUGGGAGGAGUGUCACUGUACAACUGUCUACUUCCUGGGAGGAGUGUCACUGUACAAGUGUCUACUUCCUGGGAGGAGUGUCACUGUACAAGUGUCUACUUCCUGGGAGGAGUGUCACUGUACAAGUGUCUACUUCCUGGGAGGAGUGUCACUGUACAAGUGUCUACUUCCUGGGAGGAGUGUCACUGUACAAGUGUCUACUUCCUGGGAGGAGUGUCACUGUACAAGUGUCUACUUCCUGGGAGGAGUGUCACUGUACAACUGUCUACUUCCUGGGAGGAGUGUCACUGUACAACUGUCUACUUCCUGGGAGGAGUGUCACUGUACAAGUGUCAGAGUGACAACAAAGUAAACAUGCAAGUGCAGACAUCAUCACCAACACAACAUCCAUAUCAAAUAUUGUACAUUUGAAGUACUGUGCGUAAGGCUUGUUAAAUGUACCAUCUAUAUAUAUAUAUAUAUAUAUAUAUAUACAUAUAUAUAUAUACACACACUACCGUUCAAAAGUUUGGGGUCACCCAAACAAUUUAGUGGAAUAGCCUUCAUUUCUAAGAACAAGAAUAGACUGUCGAGUUUCAGAUGAAAGUUCUCUUUUUCUGGCCAUUUUGAGCGUUUAAUUGACCCCACAAAUGUGAUGCUCCAGAAACUCAAUCUGCUCAAAGGAAGGUCAGUUUUGUAGCUUCUGUAACGAGCUAAAGUGUUUUCAGAUGUGUGAACAUGAUUGCACAAGGGUUUUCUAAUCAUCAAUUAGCCUUCUGAGCCAAUGAGCAAACACAUUGUACCAUUAGAACACUGGAGUGAUAGUUGCUGGAAAUGGGCCUCUAGUAGAUAUUGCACCAAAAAGCAGACAUUUGCAGCUAGAAUAGUCAUUUAGCACAUUAGCAAUGUAUAGAGUGUAUUUCUUUCAAGUUAAGACUAGUUUAAAGUUAUCUUCAUUGAAAAGUACAGUGCUUUUCCUGCAAAAAUAACCACAUUUACAUGUGACCCCAAACUUUUGAACGGUAGUGCAUGUAUAUAUGUGUGUAUACAUGUGUCUAUAUGUAUGUGUGUAAGUCAUAAGUACAGUCAUGACAAAAGUCAUAACUGCAAAUGUUUAAUUCCAUCAUUUUAAUGUUUAAAUCGAACAAAUUGAGUUCAUUGUAGCGUCCAGACGACUGAAAUUUAAGGAACAAAUAAAGUAUUUAGAAUAGCAGUGAGUAAUGUGUAGACCAGGGGUCACCAACCUUUUUGAAAGCAAGAGCUACUUCUUGGGUAGUGAUUAAUGCGAAGGGCUACCAGUUUGAUACACACUUCAAUAAAUUGCCAGAAAUAGCCAAUUUGCUCAAUUUACCUUUAACUCUAUGUUAUUAUUAAUAAUUAAUGAUAUUUACACUUAAUUGAACGGUUUAAAAGAGGAGAGAACACGGGAAAAAAUUACAAUUAAAUUUUGAAACAUAGUUUGUCUUCAAUUUCAAAAUUCAACCGAAAAAAAGAAGAGAAAAACUUUAAAAAAUAAUUUAUGGAACAUCAUUAGUCAUUUUUCCUGAUUAAGAUUAAUUUUAGAAUUUUGAUGACAUGUUUUAAAUAGGUUAAAAUCCAAUCUACACUUUGUUAGAGUAUAUAGCAAAUUGGACCAAGACAAAUGACUAUUUUUUCUAGAUUUUCCAGAACAAAUUUUUUUUUAAAAAUUCAAAAGACUUUGAAAUAAGAUUUAAAUUUGAUUCUACAGAUUUUCUGGAUUGGCCAGAAUAAUUUUUUUGAAUUUUAAUCAUAACAAGUUUGAAGAAAUAUUUCAUGAAUAUUCUUCGUCGGAAAAAUAGAAGCUAAAAUGAAGAAUUAAAUUAAAAUCUAUUUAUUAUUCUUUACAAUAAAAACAUUUUUUUUUUACUUGAACAUUGAUUUAAAUUGUCAGGAAAGAAAAGGAAGGAAUUUAAAAGGUAAAAAGGUAUAUGUGUUUAAAAAUCCUAAAAUCAUUUUUAAGGUUGUAUUUUUUCUCUAAAAUUGUCUUUCUGAAAGUUAUAAGAAGCAAAGUAAAAAAAAAAUGAAUGAAUUUAUUUAAACAAGUGAAGACCAAGUCUUUUAAAUAUUUUCUUGGAUUUUCAAAUUCUAUUUGAGUUUUGUCCCUCUUACAAUUAAAAAUGUCGGGCAAAGCGAGACCAGCUUGCUAGUAAAUAAAUAAAAUUGAAAAAUUAUAUUUGAGUUUUGUCUCUCUUAGAAUUAAAAAUGUUGGGCAAAGCGAAGUGCUAGUAAAUAAAUAAAAUUAAAAAAUUCUAUUUGAGUUUUGUCUCUCUUAGAAUUAAAAAUGUUGGGCAAAGCGAGACCAGCUUGCUAGUAAAUAAAUAAAAUUGAAAAAUUCUAUUUGAGUUUUGUCUCUCUUAGAAUUAAAAAUGUCGGGCAAAGCGAGACCAGCUUGCUAGUAAAUAAAUAAAAUUGAAAAAUUCUAUUUGAGUUUUGUCUCUCUUAGAAUUGAAAAUGUCGGGCAAAGCGAGACCAGCUUGCUAGUAAAUAAAUACAAUUUAAAAAAUAGAGGCAGCUCACUGGUAAGUGCUGCUAUUUGAGCUAUUUUUAGAACAGGCCGGCGGGCUACUCAUCUGGUCCUUACGGGCUACCUGGUGCCCGCGGGCACCGCGUUGGUGACCCCUGGUGUAGAUAAUUAGUGUACUCGAUAUGUCGCCCCCUGCUGGGCAUUUCCCCGCAUAGAAAGAUGAAACAAACACAUGUCCAAAUAUUGUUUUCAUGUUUGCUCCAACAUUCAAAUUGCGAAACGUAAUGAGCAAAAAAUAAAUACAAAAUAUUGA